GCUCUCAAACAUGGCCGCGCUCAUCCAAGCCGUCGCUCGUCAAGCUCAGGCAACUUUCACUCGAAGUUUUCUCGCCGACGAAGCGUUCUCCGACUGCCUAGCACGACUACAAAGAGCGGCGAGCCAGAUCACCUGCAAGGACGUCAACCUGGACGAGAAAAUGCUCCACAGCAUAUCCAGGGCGACCUCGUACAAUGGAAGCGACGCGGCACCCGUCACCUACAUCUCGCUCUCCGAGAACCGCACCUUCACCAUGAGCAUCUUCAUCGUGAAGCGGGGUGCGCGCAUUCCCUUGCACGACCAUCCGUCCAUGUACGGCAUCCUCAAGGUUCUGUACGGUUCGGCUAAGAUAACGAGCUACAGCGCGAUCGGGCGGAGGACCGACGCCGUCACCGACGAGCUUAUCGUCGACGCGCAACGACACCCCGACGUCUCCGUGGGCGCCGAGAGCAACGCGUGCUGUCUCACGCCCACCGAGAGGAACAUUCACGAGAUCGCUGCGGUGGACGGUCCUGUGGCAUUUCUCGAUAUCCUGGCGCCGCCUUACAAUAUGAAAGAUAGAGACUGUCAUUAUUACAGAGUUGCGCGCGAAUCGCGCCAACAUCAGGGCAGCUCCGACGUUCAACUGGUCGAGGUGCCUACGCCUCACGACUUCUGGUGCGACGCUGCGCCGUACAGUGGUCCGCCCAUCACGCUGACGGAGACCGAGUCAUGAUGAUGUUUGGCGUUGUAGAGAAAGCGAUCGUUCGUAUUCUGUUCGUGAAGGAUUGAAUGCAAGCACGACCCGUUGACGUCGUCUCUCGCGCGGGAUGGCGUCAACAAACGGCUUGUUGGCUCCUGUUCACAUAGGAAUGUGUAGACGCGAGCAAUAGCACACCGGUUUCUUUUGCUAUCGACAACGGCAGAGAUGCACAUUGCAUUGGACUGCGCACUGACGUGCGCUUCAGCGCACAAGAAACGAGUCGUGCUUUCAUAACGCACAUGCAUAAAAUAUAUAGGAAAAUAAACCAUCUCACAUGUGCAAAAUAGA